AUGGAGAGCUCCUGUCCUGGGGUUGCCAAAUGUGCCCUGGCGUUUCUGCGGCGCCACUGCCACUGUUGGGCGCUCCUGGGCUUUUCCGUUUGCGUGAGCUUCCCCACCAGGGCCAUCCGAGGUGCGCCAGCGUCUUUGAGCGCAGCGGCAGAGACGGUGUGCCCGCAGGCCUGGAACCACAAAGUGCACAGACACCCCAACGGAUAG